AUGGGAAUUAUUCAACCUAACAGUAGCUUAUUUGCCUCACCGGUGUUGUUGGUCAAGAUGAAGGAUGGGAGUUGGAGGUUCUGUGUGGACUAUAGGCAGCCCAAUGAAAUCACAAUGAAGGACAAGUUCCCUAUGCCACUGAUUGAUGAGCUAAUUGAUGAGUUGCAUGGAUCUAAGUACUUUACCAAGAUAGAUUUGAGGGCAGGCUAUCACCAAACUAGAGUCAAAGUGGAAGACAGACAUAGGACUGCAUUUAAGACUCACCAGGGGCUAUAUGAAUUCAAGUUCAUGCCAUUCGGAUUGACUAAUGCCCUUGCUACAUUCCAGAGUUUAAUAAACCAGGUUUUCAAGGAGCAGCUGAGGAAGAAUUACAAAAAGGGAAGGAAAAAUGUUGUUGCAGAUGCACUAUCCAGGAGAACAAACAAGGAAGAAGAGGAGUAUGCAGAGGUGACCUGUGCUAUCCCUGAAUGGGUAAGGGAGGUGAUGGAGAGCUUCCAAGGAGAUGAGGAGGUUCAGAAGAUGAUCAAGAAGUUGUACUCACCUCAGUACUCAUGGAGUCAUGUCACUAUGGACUUCAUUGAAGAACUACCUACUUCAGAAAGGAAAGACACUAUUAUGGUAAUAAUGGACAGAUUCACAAAAUAUGCUCAUUUUACUAGUUUAACACAUCCUUUUGAUGCCCCAACAGUGGCCAGAGUCUUCCUGGAUCAGGUUUGCAAGCUGCAUGGUGUGCCACUAAGAAUGUUAUCUGAUAGGGAUAAGAUUUUUACUAGUCAAUUUUGGAUAGAAUUAUUCACACUAUUGGGAACUGAAUUAUGUCUAAGCACUGCAUACCACUCUCAGACUGAUGGACAAUCUGAGAGGGUGAAUCAGGUGUUGGAAAUGUAUCUAAGGUGCAUGACUCAUUUGAAACCAAAGAGGUGGAACAUAGGGCUAUCUCUGGCAGAGUGGUGGUAUAACACAACUUAUCAUACUGCCAUUCAGAUGAGCCCCUUUGAGGCUCUAUAUGGAAUGGAACCCUCCCCCCCUCAAACUUGGCCUUAG